GCCAUAUUGGAUGCAAGUCUGAAAGUCUGAACCGUUCUGCUUCAAUCUGAGAAUCAACAGAAUUUUAUAGAGUUGAAAGUAACCAUUCAUAGACAUCGGGACUCUUCUCUCAAAGUCCAAAAGGCUUAGAAUAAGCCGAAAACCAAGAAAAAUGACUGGUCCUGAGGAGGUGCGACAGAACAACGCCAAAAAGUUCAUUUCUGGAGUUGUUGAAGGUUUUUAUGGAAGGCCUUGGAGUGCUGAACAAAGACGCUUGCUUUUCAUAUGGAUGCAGAAAUCUGGUCUGAACACAUACAUGUAUGCCCCAAAGGAUGACUACAAACACAGAGCAUAUUGGCGAGAUUUGUAUUCUGUAGAGGAAGCAGAAAAUUUGUCGUUUUUGAUCACUGCUUCCAAAGAAAAGGGUGUCACAUUUGUCUACGCCAUAUCCCCGGGCUUAGACAUCUCUUUCUCCAGUACAAAAGAUGUUCAAGCUUUGAAAAGGAAGUUGGAGCAGGUGGCCACAUUUGGAUGCGAAGCGUUUGCUGUUCUGUUUGAUGACAUCGACCCUGAGCUGUCUGAAGCUGACAGGAGCGCAUUCCAGUCUUUUGGGUCAGCUCAAGUGUCUGUGUCAAAUGAAGUCUUUGAACAUCUGAACCAGCCAAAACUGUUUCUGUUUUGCCCAACAGAAUAUUGUGCCUCGAGAGCUGUACCAACAGUAGCUACCUCAGAGUAUCUGACCACAAUUGGAUCCAAAUUGUUACCUGGUAUUGAUAUUAUGUGGACAGGGCCAAGAGUUGUCAGCAAACGCCUAUCAAUUACUUCUCUGGAGGAAAUUGCUUCAGUUUUAAAAAGACCCUGUGUCAUCUGGGACAACAUUCAUGCUAAUGACUAUGAUCCAAGACGUAUUUUCCUGGGACCAUAUGAUGGACGAUCACCAGAAAUCAUCCCGUAUAUCAACGGUGUGAUGACAAACCCAAACACUGAGUUUGAGGCUAAUUUUGUGGCAAUCAACACUCUGGGUCAGUGGUGCAAGUCAAAUCCAGAUGGUGUGAAGAAGGACAUUAUAAAUAAUGACAGAAUGAGUCCCAUUGCAUCGGACAUCAAAUUGGAGACCGAAAGUGAUUUCAGUUCGGAUGAGGAUUUCCCCUCCCGAAUUGACUUGCGCUACCAACCAAAGCAAGCCCUGAAAGUGGCAAUGGGUGAGUGGCUGUGUGAGAUACACUGCCACCGUGAACCUCCCCGUCAGCCAUUCCCACGCAUCAUACCCACAUUUCUUCCAACAGGAGUGCCAACAGGGCCUCCAGGGGUUCCCGUUUGUCACCCGCCUGGUCCCCCAGUGAUCCUGACUCCGUCCCCCCCUCCCUCCAGUCCACCGGGUGUUCCAUCGUGUGCUCCGGGCAACCCGUCUAUUCCGCCUGGUGUCGCCCCUUUCCCUACGACAGACCCUCCCACACCCCAGGAUAUUCCGUCGGCUGCUCAGCCCUGUAUGGACCCGUCCGACCUGGAUGCUAGCAACGUUCCCCCCGGUGUCCCCUACAUGCCUCCGUCUCCUCCUGCUGGACUUCCGCUGCCAGAUGUGAUAAAAACGUGCAUAACGACCUCCUCGACCACGCAGACCAUCAGCUCUAGUGGUGUGACCCCCUUACCCUUGCUACAGAGUUCAGCUCAGCCUCCAGAGCCUAUCCCAACGUUCCUCCAGCCUCCUAGUCUCCCGGUGAGCAGUCUGUCAGAGAUGCCACCCCUGGACUCGUACUCCACAUCUACCCCUGAGUGUGGUGCUGAGCCUAUGGACGUGGCCAUGUCUUGCUCCUCGGACAUCACAGAUGGGGCACAGGGCUCCCCCAGCGUGGCCUCAAUGCCCAACGUAGACGUCAGUGUGUCAGACUCGGAUCCUUUACCCAAAUUGGAGAAGCAGAAUUCCUCGGAUAGUUUGAUGCAGGUGGAAGGCUCAGAGAUGGACAGGAGAGAGGACAAUGAUCUCAAGGCUGAGUUUGACAAUGUGUUCACGGAAGAUGAUGCUCUCCUCCUGUCUGAAUUGUUUUACAUGCCUUUUGAGCACGGCAGUCAGGGGCUUUUCCUUCUUCAGAGACUGCAUUGGUUAAGGAAUAAUGCUGCUGCCAUCAUCAAGAAAGGAAAUAAAGAAGCCAACACGUUCGAGGCCACAGAAUGGCAUCACCUUGCACAAGAGUUUUCGGACAAAGUCGAAGUGACAGUGGAGCUUCUGAGGAAGCUUGUCAAUGGUCCCAACAAAUCUUUCAUGUGUGAUAUGUACUCCUAUUUGUGGGACUUGGUCAGCAUUCUCAAGAUUUGCAGAGCUUAUGUGCAGUGGCUAGCAAAAGGACUCUCCUCUCAUCCACUGGCGCAACAGACGUACAGCUGUGUCACAUGGUUUUCUAAAGGCUAUAGGGAUGCAUUUGUCAGUGGUGAUCAAGAGCCAUGGGUUUUCAGAGGAGGUCUACAAUCUGAAUUGCAACGCCUUUUACCUAUUGAUAGUGCACACGACCUUUUUUAUAUCAAGCCACCAGACUACAUAGUGACCAAGUCAUUCAGUCUGAGACCAUACAAGCCUGAGGACGAGGAUGCCUUGUACCUUGUCUGCCUGAAAACCUGUGAUGAUGGCAUGGAUGGUACAGAUGUGUUCCCGGACUACCCUCGGCUCAUGGGAGACAAGCUGCUUGGAAAGAUGUUGACCCUCAGCCCAGACUUAGGGUUUGUCAUAGAGGAUGAUGUUGGUGUGUGUGGAUACGUUGUGAUGUCUCUCGAUGCUAAAGAGUUGGCCAAAAAGGGCCAGAUGGCAUGGAUUCCUGCCAUGUGUGAAAAAUACCCAUUGCCAGAGAAGAAAGACAGUACUUCUCCUGCAGAGGAGGUGAUCCAAAGCUUCCACUGUGACCAGCCGAUGGUGCCGGAGGAGGUGUACACACUGUACCCGUCGGUGCUGCGUCUGGACAUCCUGCCCACCCGUGUGGAGGACCCAGCCAUCCCCAGGCGUCUGCUGGCCUGUGCUCUGUCUGCCUUGAAGAGCUGUGGCUCUAAGGGGGCCCACUGCGUGCUCAGCGUGGGUGACAAAUUCAUGGUGGACUUUUACUCCAAGCUGGGCUUCUUCCCCGUGUCUGCCGUGGACAAGCCUGGGGAUGAUGUCUAUUUGGGUCGGCCGGUGUAGUAGCCCGCCACCUCCCAGUCUCUCCUGUUGUUACUGUGAUUUGUGACUGGUCAGUUCCCACCUGUAUGUUGAUGUGUCCUGGCGGCACGGCUUCACUGUGACCGCUCGCCACAUCUGUUAUUGUUGGCUGUGAAUGAGAUUUACUUUCCAUUUCAUAAUCCAUCCAAAGUACUGGUGUGAAAGUGGUCUUGCACAUUAAUGAAAAUUAAAACCCCCAUAAUGGGUGGUUGGCGGGUGCUCUGGUGUGGUUUGCUCCUUCUUUCCUAUAAAAAAUCUAUCGUCUCUAUCUCCCCUCCUUCUUUUUUAUGUUUGUUACUCUCUUGUAACACCUCUAAUCUUUGGCACUUAUCUGACCUUAUAGUGUUGCAAGUACCGUAACACUCUUACUUAAACUUUAAAAAACCCCAUAUGAUGGAUGAAUUUUUGCUAAGAAGAAUCGUUGCCAUAUUUAUCAGAGCUGGAAGUUGUGUACAGGUUGAGUUGUAGUGUUGUUAACGAGCCCUAGAGCUCGUAAUUGUUGUACUGAAGUGUAAAGAUAUUAACAAGGGCAAUCAAAUCCAUCUUCUUACAAAGUAUUGAGAUAAAACAGUCGAUUUAUACAUGAUGCUAUAUUUUCAUUAAAUUGUUGAAUCUCAUGUUUCAUAUUGCUGCUUCCAUGCUAUGUGUGAAUAUUGAAUCUCCCCAACCCCUGCUUUAUAGUAUUUGCAUCGAAUUUGUCAAUUACCGAACUACUGCAAAUGUGGUCUGUUUGCAAGUGAGCACAAGUGGUUGAACUGUUGUCUGAAUCAUGUGUGGUGCAAGAACAAAAUGGUAGCAUAACUUGAGAAGCUAAAAUUGGUUGUUAACACAUUACACCUUGAGGGUCUGGACAGGAAGUCCAUUCCUAGAUCCUAAGGAAGGGAAAGGAACCCACUUCCAGUGAAUACAAGCGUUUAAAAAGCACAUUAAAAAAAUACCCCCCAAAAAUUCCGAAAAUCCUGAAAAAAAUAAAAGAACGAGAAAUGAAGUUGGAAAUGUUCUAACUUUAGUUCAAGCGGGGUGUCUGAUCGGUCACUGUCACUCUGUCUUCCGGUUGGGCCCUAGAUAUAAUGUCUACUUCUGAUCAAUCUGAAUUGUCCCAAACUAUUGCUACGUUUUCAUCAAUAUCUGAUUCAUCUACUUUGUCACAUGCUUGUUCUUCCUCAAAUCCAUUGUAUUUCCUUUUUCAACGAGUCAAAGACACCUUCGAAGUGUUGGAAACGGCCUGAAAAUUUUCUUUUUGGUAUCAAACAGAAGAAGAAACGUUUUGCAAUAACUAUGUAAAACAAAAUGUUGGCCCUAGAUUCUCGCCAAGGCGAUACUUUGUUCUCAGACCCCUGAUCGGAGCGGGUGAUUCCGGGUGUAAUGUGUUAACAUGCUUUUGUUUUGUUUGCCAUGCUAAGACACGUGCAUAUGAUGGGUAAGAGGUGCUUUAUGUUCUCCCCAUGUUUCACCUAUGAAUUCAUGUAUAGGCCAUUGCUGUUGGCGGGAUCACAAGCUCAUGUCCAAAGAACUUGUCCUCUGUGGACGUGGUAGGUGCUCAGGUUAGAGUGAUAAAAGUGUUCAGGUGUUCCUUGAUAGCUUCUCAUGACCCUCUCUGCCUCCACUGGUGCAUGUGUGACAUGAUGCCCUCUGCCUUGUGCUAGACCACAACUCAACUACGCCUCCUGACCCCCUCCCCCAGUUUGCCUAUUAAGUUGUCUUUCUCAGAACUGCAAGGUUCUCCUGUCUAACAAUGAUAUAUUAUCAUCAGCAAUACAACAACAGAAAAGCAACCCUUGAGGGAUGACGGGGCAUACCCUGCUUGUUUCUUGUCCAUACAAGUGGGUCAGUGUGUGCAUAGUAUGUAGUGUUGAUCAAAUAAAAGUCCACAUUGCUGCCAAGAUCA